UCUGUUCACGAAAAUCCCCGGUGAUCUCUCAUCAGAAAAAGGCGUGCCAUCUCCCCAAUCACUGUAGCAGCCCCUUUGUCCUGAUAAUCCGUUGCUGGCUGGCGAUACAUAUGGCGGCUGCUCCAGUCAAGCAGCGAACCGGUGGAUCCAGAGCCCAGCUGCCUCCUUGCUACUACGAGGGAUACCUCGAGAAAAGAGGACCAAAAGAGAAGGUGUCCCGACGGCUGUGGACAUGUCUGUGUGGAAACUCGCUCUAUUUCUUCAACAACACCAAGGACACACAUUAUGUGGAGAAGCUGGACUUGAGUGGCUUUGUCUCGUUGGCUGAUGACUGCAGCCGAGACAGAAACCUGGAAGCGGCUCGCUUCAGUCUGCGCUUGAAGGAUGGCGAAACCAAGCUGACAGCACCGAAUCUGGAAGCACGUGAACUCUGGAAAGGUUUUCUCUACGCAGUUGUGGAUCUCUCCAUACCCAGCUCCCUGACUCUUCUUCCUGGUCAACUGCUCAUGCUCAACGAGGUAGUGGAGCGGGAGAAACAGAGACGGAAGACGCGCUCCCUCUCGCGUGCCCCUUCCUCCCCACUCUCUCUACCCCUGGUGGGAGAGAUCCCCCCGUGUUUUCGUCCCGUGUCGCGAGUAGAGGCAGAGGUUCUCCUGGAGAGGUACCCUGACUGUGGGAACAUGCUGCUGAGGCCCGGCAGGGAUGGAACAUCAUUGGCCGUCACAACCAGACAAGAUCUAAACGGGUCUGUGUUCAGGCACUAUCGUGUAACUCAGAAGCACCAAGGGGGAUAUGUGAUAGAUGUGGAAAAUCCGAUCCCGUGUGAAACACUGUAUGAUGUUAUAAAUGCCCUCGUGGAGAAGACAUCAGGGACUCUGCAGCCUUUCUUACUAGAGGAGCCUUAUGAAGAAAAUAUCACAUUUGUGUCAUCCAAUGAUGAGAACGGGGAAAGGACUUUGCACUGUGUCCGGGGAGCAACACCUGUCCGAGGACCUGUCCUCCCACCAAAACAGGCGACAGACAAAUGGUCCCCUCGCCACCAGGCCCUGACCCAGAGCCCGGCGUCUCCCCGCUCCUUCUCCCCAACAGAGACGCCACUGAGCCCCAUGAAGCGCCUCACACUCUCGCCUUCUCCACUUGCACAAAGCUUCACGGAGGAGCUGAAACUGAAGCUGGAGAAGCGUCAGAAAGUCAACCAGGAGUAAUGUUGUGGACCAAGCCCUGCCACUCAGCCCUUUGCAGCUGCCCAGCCAGCCUGUCCAGCUCGCCAGCCUCUCUGCCAGUGCCUUCUGUUAUAUCACACCGUGGACUCACUCCCAUGAAAUCAAAUGUGCUGCAUCCUGCAGCAACUCUGCUCACAAAGGCAGUGUGGUGUCUUCUGAAGUUUAGAAAGAACAUGCAUGCGUGCAGACGCAUGCACGCACAUGCACGCACGCACACACACACACACACACACACACACACACACACACACACAUUUGCGCUAACUUGUCUGGUUGGACUCCUGUAGAGACUCCAGCCAAACACAGCAGGUUUAGGCUACUACAGGUCGGCUUCACCAGGAGCUGUUGCUUUGCAAUAUACCUCUCACUGUAAUUUACUGUUUUAAAGUGAAAUACUGUAUACACCUGGCAUUACCGUUUCAAACUAGGUGGCCAAGACACCAUAGGAACAGAGUGGGGGGCACUGUGUUUCUGAUUGAUACAAAGUACAAAUCAAAUCUGAGACUGUGCAGAUAAGGGCAAACAGUGUCUAUGUUUCUCUUUAGGUGAACGUCUGACAGGGGUAUGAAAGUAAAUCAAAAAGCACACAGAGACCCCAUUAGCAGCAUGUGACCUCAUUUAAUUAACCACUGAACUGACUGCUAGUAAAUACUACAUCUUCCAUUGUGAACCUUAGAACUAACUGUGAACUGUAAGAUACUGUACUUCGAAAUAAUAGUACCCAGUAGCAUUUGUCCAUUACUUUUGUACUCAUUCCCUUUUUUCCCUCUGUGAAUUAUUGUUUCAUGUUUUUUAUGUGUAUCUGUGCAUGGUCUCAUCUAAUGUACAUGUUUCUCUUUGUGUUUGUUUUUUGUAUUAUUUAUGGAAAAAAAAUCUGUGUUAUUUAUAGAUGCCGCAUUUAUGGUUGGAUUAAAGAAAGAUUUUCUCAUUGAA